AUGGCUUCUAUGCUUUUCUUGUCUUUUUUGCUCUUGUUGUUUCCUCUCACAAUCUCCUCAGCCUCAUCAGCAACCUGUGUGGUUGAUGAGAGGUCUGCCUUGCUGCAGUUCAAGCAAAGCUUUGUUAUUGAUUGCAGUGCUUCUGCUAAUGAUCCUUCUGCUCAUCCCAAGGUUCAGUCAUGGGAACUUGACGAUGAAAAUUAUGGUUGCUGCUCAUGGGAUGGUGUCCAGUGCGAUGAGGAUACUGGCCGUGUGAUUGGCCUUGACCUCAGCCAUAGCUGCCUAUAUGGUUCCAUUAACUCCACCAGCAGCCUUUUCCAUCUUGUUCACCUGCAGAGCCUCAACCUUGCUUACAAUCAUUUUAAUUACUCAAAUAUACCAUUUGGGAUGGACAAUCUUUUGAGGCUAACAUAUCUUAACCUCUCUAGCUCUUCCUUUUUUGGCCAAAUCCCAUCAAGCAUUUUGCAGCUUUCUCAGUUGACUUCCCUUGACCUGAGUAGAAAUGAUCAGUUGAUGCUCAAAGAUCCUGAUUUUGGAAGCUUAGUCCAAAACCUAACCAGCCUUGAAGAACUCCAUCUGAGUUGGGUAGACUUAUCCUCCACAGUACCUAAAAUCAUGGCAAAUUUAUCUUCCUUAAAAUCUGUACAUUUGAGUAGUUGUGGAUUAAGUGGUGAAUUUCCAGCUGGGGUUUUUCAACUGCCUAAGCUGCAAAAUCUUGAUCUCUCAUAUAAUUGGGCUCUCCGAGGUUAUUUACCUGAAUUCAACAUGACAAGUCCACUUCAGGUACUGGAUCUUGCAAAAACAAGUUUCUCAGGUGUCCUGCCGGAUUCAAUUGGAAACCUCAUUUCUUUGAAUGCUGUGGACGUGUCAAGCUGCAAAUUUUCUGGAGACUUUCCAGCUUCGUUCGGAAACCUCACGCAACUUGUUUACUUGGACCUUUCCUUUAACAACUUUCAGAGUCAUGAUUUUUCUUCCUUGUCAUGGAUUGAUAAGCAAAGCAAAGUCGUGGUUUUUGGACUUUCCGGGAUUAUCUUAGAGGGUGAGAUUCCAUCUUAUUUUUCAAAUCUGACCCAUGUUACUACCCUAGUUCUAACCAACUGUCGAAUAACUGGUUCAAUACCAUCUUGGAUUAUGAAGAUGACAAAUCUAGUUUACUUGGAUCUUUCAUUCAAUCGGUUGCAGGGGUCAAUUCCACAUUCAAUAUCCCAGUUAACAAGGUUAACUAACCUACAACUUCCAUCCAAUAAAUUGCAAGGGCCACUUCCAGAUUCGCUCUUCCAACUCCAAAACCUUAGAGCCCUCAAUCUUGCUUGGAACAACCUGAGUGGCAUAGUGGAGCUAGACAUGUUUUCUAGGCUCAAAAAGUUAACCACUCUUAGAUUGUCGGGAAACAGAAUAUCAUUGCUUGCCAACAACAACAACAAUGUUUUUCUUCAGAAAUUUCGUAUUCUAGGAUUUGCAUCAUGCAACUUAAGCCACUUUCCGCAUUUCCUGCAAUAUCAAGAUGAGCUGCUGUGGCUGGACUUGUCCAACAACAAUAUUCAUGGCCAAAUACCCAGAUGGAUGCUGAACACAAGUAAAGAAAGUUUGAAAUUUAUCAAUCUUUCUUACAACUUUCUCACUGGUUUUGAAUUCUCUCCAGCUGGGCUUCCAUGGACUCGAGUGAGCAUUUUAGACCUCAGGUCUAAUAUGUUGCAAGGAUCACUUCCUAUACCAGCACCAUCAAUUAAAAUGUAUUCAGCCUCAAACAACAACUUGACAGGGGAAAUUCCGCUGUGUAUCUGCAGUUUGAAGUUUCUUUCUGUUCUUGAUUUAUCCCACAACAAAUUGGGUGGCAUGCUUCCUGAAUGCUUGGGAAAUUUCAGUUCUUCUCUUCAACUAUUGAAUCUUGGAAACAACAAUUUUCAUGGAAAGAUUCCUCAAACACACACAAAAGAAUGCAAAUUAAGGAUGCUUGUAUUGGGCUACAAUAGGCUAAAUGGGCAAGUACCAAGAUCAUUGAGAAACUGUUCAAGGCUAGAGAUGCUAAUUCUAGGAAACAACCAAAUCAGGGAUGCUUUUCCUGCUUGGUUGGGGGCACUUGAAGAGUUAAAGGUUCUCAUUCUGCGAUCCAAUCAAUUCCACAGUGAGCUAAGUAGUUCUACAGGCAGUGCUGAGUUCCCAAAGCUGCGGGUAAUUGACCUCUCUCAAAACAAAUUUUCAGGUCAGUUACCAGCACAAUGCUGGAAUGCAAUGAAGCUGGCAGAUUUAGAUCAGUUGGCAUAUAUGGGAACUUUUGCUAAUUUUCUGACAGAAUCAUUCUCUCUAACUGUCAAUCUGAUGUACUCAAUGUUGAUAACGAACAAAGGCACGGAAUUGGCAUAUGCCAGGAUCUUGGAAUCUUUUGUGGCCGUUGAUCUUUCAAGCAAUGUAUUUGAAGGAGAGAUUCCAAAAAUCAUUGGGAGCUUGAAGGGGCUUCGUCUGCUCAACCUUUCCAAUAACAACCUUACCGGUGGCAUUCCAUCAUCCUUGGGGAAUCUUGCAAAGCUUGAAUCGUUGGAUCUUUCUCAAAACAAACUCUCAGGAGAAAUUCCACAACAAUUGGCACAGCUUCAUUUCCUUGCAGUGUUUAAUGUAUCUCAUAACAAUCUUACAGGGGCUAUACCAAUAGGGAAUCAAUUUGAUACAUUUCAAAAUGAUUCAUAUGGAGGAAAUUGGGGAUUGUGUGGAAAACCCACGUUCAUGAAAUGUGAUAGUUUAGGGGUUUUGCCUCCAUCAGCUUCGGACUUGGAUGAAGGUGAAGACUCAGGUUCAUCAUUUGAAUUUGGCUGGAAAUCAGUUUUGAUGGGAUAUGGAAGUGGGCUAGUAAUUGGUUUAGUGAUUGGGCAGAUAAUACUCUCAAGAAAAUAUGAAUGGUUUUUGAAGAUUUUUAGUGUGAAACAAAGGAGGAAGUGA